ACAAAAAAAUAAAAUAAAAUUUAAAAAAAAAAAUAAAAAAAUAGAAGCUAGUGUAAGUGGCCCGAUAAUACAGAAUAAAGAACAGUAACUCUCUUCUAGAGUGCAGUUACGGGCCCUGUUGUAUGCGUUAAGGCCAUAGCCUAUAGACUCAAAAACUUUAAUGCACAUCUAGAUUUAACAGCCGGGCUGGUCUACUGCUGUAGUCUAGAUGCAGCCGUAGGCAGCUUGCAUGUAUCAUAUGUGUAGCGGUGUCUUAAUCCGUGUAGAUUCAGUAGCGAUAAUUUAGUGGAUUAUUCUGUGCUUUAUUUAUAUAGAAUAGAUUUAACUUUAUUUUGGGAGUAAACCCCGUAAAGAAGCAAUAGGAAUAUUAUAGCACAUGCUCGCUACAUCACUAUAUGGAUUGUUCAGUGAAUGAAGAUUCUAGAAUUCAGUUUCCAGUCUGCUGAUUGUUUCUUGUUUUAAUUGUAUUUCUGUUGGAGAUGAGCUGUAACAUGGCGCCACACACGGGAUGAGAAUUUAUAAUUUCCUAAGGAUCGACGUUGAAUCAAGUUUUGUAUCACGUGACGUCCAGACUUUGCAUUGACCAUUGUGCUUGAUCUGAUGCGACACAAACAGAAACCAUUCUACAGGAAACGAAUAUACUGACAUCUAGAAAAUGAUAUUGCUUUCUCUAAAAGCCGUCUCAAGCUCUCUAUAUAAUAUAUGGACAUAAAACUUCAGAAGGGAACAUUAAUUGUCUUCCUCUUGAAAGAAAAAAUUGUUCAUCUAAUUUUUAUUUUUAUUUUAUACUUUGCGUAAGGAUAAAUGAGCAGUAGUGAUAAAGCGAUGUAAUGAAACUACACACUACACUGCAUUCUGGGAGCAGGUAGCGCAUGAAUUAUCUGCACUUCUUUUACGACGCAGCCCAUUUCUGUCAGUUACAAACAAGGGCAGACAACAGAGAACAAUAUAUCCUAUUUACGCCCCUUGUUAACAUACUAGACGCAUUAAAAAAAAACUGAAAUUAAACUAAAUUGUUUAUAUUUAAAAAAAAAAAAUAUUUUAUUGGUGUUAUGUCAGAUGGCGAAACACAAAAGAACUUAUAAUACAGUUUAGAUUUAUUUAUGUUUUAAAAUGCCAAGCAAAUUAGACAGCAUGCAGUGAUAUUAGUAAUUUAUUUGCAACGCGUGUUUAUGAUAACCCUUACACCAUAGAUGUCUGUUACAGAGUUAUUAAUUGUGUCUAUAUAGAUUAGAUACAUUGAAAUCAGCUUAAAAUUUAUAAUUCCAUUUUAUAAUGUGGUUUUAAAUAAAACUGAUUUUUGUUUAUUUCUAUCUGGUUUCGAUUGAUGGGAAAUGUUUUUCUGUGUUUAAUUCUACCUAGGAUUGUGUUUAUAUUCAAUUAAGAAGUUGGUAUAAUCAAAACCAAGGACUCGAGUCAACAAGAAAUUAGAUAAUUAAAACCUAGGAUUGGGUGUUUUUUUUUUUUCUUUGUUCCAAGGCGAACAGGAUUAUGAAUCCCUACGCUUUUCGAGGAUGGCACAUUCCAUCGGCGUAUUCCGAGUCGGCGAAUUGCGAGAGGAGCUACCCCAGCAUGUACACGCCCUCGUGGUCUGCCAGCUACUUCUCCCCUCCUGCAGUCUACCCGUUCCAGUCAGACUCCGGCGGCGUCAAGCAAGGCAACAACGGAGACUGGAAGCUGAACCCCAUCGGCUCCGCAGACAGCCCGACCGUGCCCAGGGACUCGAACCUCAUGAAGUCGGGCUACGAGGGCCUGCUGUACAAGAGCGCCGCCUCAAACGCGCGCGCAGAGUACGAUAGCUGCGCCAGGGAGGACCCGACCAGGUCGUGCUGCGCCAUCUCCUGCUCGUGCAACAACCACCAGAGACUGAACGUUUUGGAUAACGGAUGGAGAACCUCCGAGAUGUCGCCGACCCUGGAUUUCAACAAAGCGCCCAGCAUGUCUCCGUACCAGACUCUAUGCCAAAGAGAAAUGCAGCAGUCAAUACAUUUGCCCUCCACAUCCAUAGCCCCCACUACUGUCACCCUACGCAAGAGGCGCCGACCCUAUUCCAAGUUCCAGAUCGCAGAGCUGGAGAGAGAGUACGCCAGCUCCACCUACAUCUCCAAAUCGAGGCGCUGGGAGCUCUCCCAGCUGAUCAACCUGUCUGAGAGGCAGAUCAAAAUCUGGUUCCAGAACCGCAGGAUCAAGGCGAAGAAGCUUCAGAAGAGGGAAGACCUGGGCAUUCCACAGAGUUCCUCUAGCAUGGGCACGCCGCAGCACCAUCUUCUACAAUCUUCCCUCUCAGUAUCGUGAACAAAGUCGUCUUAUUAUUUAGACUUGCCUGGAAGGACUCUAAGUGUGACGUAGACUCGUUGGGACCCUAGCGAAGGCGACCACUGCUUUUUGUUUUGUUUUCUAGUUUUCACCAAGAAGGCGUUGAUUUUAAUGUAAAAGAGUUGAUAGAAAGUCUGAGGUUCAAAUCCAGGGAUUAAAAUCGCAUCCUGAUUUUUUCUGGCUAUAAUGGGAUGGAGAUUUCCAUAAAUCCUUAAUUUGGUGAAACAAGUAACCAUUGUGAUUAACACACUUUACCAUAGUAACCAUCUGCCAGAGAAACUGUGUUCUAGUUUGGUUUCAAGAUUUAGAGCUAUUGACUAAAAACGAAUUGGCCACUGUUUUCAAUGUGACAACUGUAACUGAAAUUCAUCGAUUGAAUUCCAUUAAUAUUACAAGUGAGUUUAUUGACCACAACUCUAAUAAUAGGUUUGUGCCUGACAAUUUGAAGAGGUCCGCACACCGCAUCAUGUUCGUAAUCCCAAAAUGGACUAUAUCUGCAGAAUGUGCAGGAUGCACAUCUGUUACAAUGUAUAUUAUUUAAAAAAGCAGAAUGCAUGUAGCACUUAACUGCAUUGAUGGUUUUCAACAUUGGUGAUAGAAUGAAAUCUACAGCCUGUGAUGAAAAGAUUACGGAGCUUUUAUCAAAACUAAAGGAAAUUCAGAAUACUACUGUUUACAAACCAAAAAUAACAUCAUCAAAUCUAUGUUGAAAAAAAGUGAUUUCCAAUACACGAAUAAAACUGUAAUCCAUGAUAGUAAAUUACAGCGAUUUGGGAGAGUGUUGUAUCUCUUGGCAGUAGUAGUGUUUUCAACAAUGCAAAAUAAAAUAUCAGCUAUGAACUUAUGAAAUCUACUCUAGAUAAUUGUACAUGAUCUACUGAUUCUACUAUAAAAAAAGGAAAGUUCCCCUUUCAGACCUUGUGGUCUAUAGGGCAGAUAAUGUAAAGGUCAUCUGUUUCUGUGGCCUACGGUUUACGAGGGUGUCAUGUGGCUAGCACAACGACCAACCGCCUUUACUUUUCCCCAACUAACGUCAGGUACCCAUUAGAGCUGGGUGGACUCAGAGGCGCCCGAAGAUCCUGAAGUUGAAAAUCCCAGUCUUUACCAGGAUUCGAACCCUGGACCCCGGUUCGGUAGCCAAGCGCUUUACCGCUCAGCCACCGCGCCUCUAACUGAUUCUACACCAGGUGAAUAAUUGUAUGUGAUCUAGGUGGUCUUAAUUUCUUAAAGUUCCUCCUUUAUAAUUAAAGAUGCGCUCCGUCUCACUUCUGAUGAAUUUGCACAUAACUGUGUAGUCUGAUCUUGCAUUUGAAAUUCAUAUUAUAUUUAAAGCUCUGGUAUUUUGAGCCCGCUCACACUGCCAAGUCAUCUUCGCUACUAGUCGGACAUUUGUCAGCAGUUAGAAUCUCUCCAGAAAACUGGACACGGUAAACGAGCAUUGGUUAUCAUGCAAAUCGUUUGGCUACCGCUAUGAUGCCUGCCUGGUGGUGCGAUUUGCGCUCUGGACUGUCGUUUGGAUUUAUCGAUGGUUUCGGGUUGAAAACCCUGCCCGCUCCCAUCCCCCGUCGUCCUGCGGGAGGUUUGGACUAGGAAGUAAACUAUCUUCAACUCUGAAGGAACACCCGAAAUAUGUAAAACAUUUUACAAACAUUUUACAAAAACAUAAACACACGCAAGUUGGCGUCAUUUAAACACAAUGUCAACGACCAUAAAUGUUAAAAAAAAAUACUUUCCCCACUUCAGCCCAGAAAUACAUGGCGCCGAGAUUAGGAAGCAGAUACCUAGACGUGGGGACAGUUGGAGAGACCCUCCCAUAUCUGAGAAGCAUAGAAGAAGCUUGCUGGUAGCCUAUGCACUAGACGGUAACCACAGGUAGAGCUGAGAUGUUACUCGGACUUUCAAGGUCAAGCCAGAUGACUACUUAUGCUUCAAUAUGAGAUGUCUAACUGCAGCGAUACCCAACCUUACCCGUCCAGUGGAUUAAAUAAAACUUCUGACGAAUUAAUCACCUGUCGCCUCAGCGCACAGAAAUAAAAUCGUCUCAUCCAGCGGAAUUUGAUCCACUGCGGCGUCUGCCUAUAGCACAUGGGACCGGAUAUGGCCUUCAGCCCGUAGAUUGGACAUCACAGCCCAACUACAGCCGCAAUAAGAAGUAAUGAAUAGAGGUCGUUUUGCUGCUUGGUCAAUGGACCUCUCUAUAUUCGAUUACAAUAAAGAGCUUCUUAUUUAUCGACUCGAUUCUUUUCACUCUUCAUACAAUCCGUCUCAAUUUAAUAUGCUUAUUGAACUUCAAGGGUUAUUAGAUUAUGGAACUACUUACUACCUAUUCACAACACAAACCUGCCAACACACUGAAAGCGACACAUUAGAGUGUCUUGACUUCUAAGCAAACAUAAACCCGAACUUGUGUCAGAAUUUCUCCAUAGGCCUUCAAACAACAGUCUGUGUUAAAAAAAAACAUUUGGAGACAGAAAGAGUACUUUGACAAUAAGGAAAGUACUUGGGCCUCUAGAAAAGUACUUUGGCAACAAAGAAAGUACUUUGGCAACAAAGAAAGUACUUGGGCUUUCUAUAAAAGUACUUUGGCAACAAAGAAAGUACUUGGGCUUUCUAUAAAAGUACUUUGGCAACAAAGAAAGUACUUGGGCUUUCUAUAAAAGUACUUUGGCAACAAAGAAAGUACUUGGGCUUUCUAUAAAAGUACUUUGGCAACAGGAGAAAGUACUUGGGCUUUCUAUAAAAGUACAUUGGCAACAAAGAAAGCACUUGGGCUUCUAGAAAAUUACUUUGGCAACAAAGAAAGCACUUGGGCUUCUAGAAAAUUACUUUGGCAACAAAGAAAGUACUUGGGCUUCUAGAAAAGUACUUUGGCAACAAAGAAAGUACUUGGACAAUAGAGAAAACAUUCGAGAUGAGGAAAGUACUUCGACAAUAUGGAAAGAACUUUAACAAUAAAUAAAGUACUUUGGUAACAAGGAAAGUACUUCGACAAAAGAGAAAGCUCUUUGGUAAUCAGAAAAUUGGUACGACAAAAAAACUACAUUAUUUUACAAAAGCGAUGACAAUCCAGGGGAUGCUUACAACAAUGAUCAGAAAAGAAUGCUUUUUAAAAGACACACUGUGGUAUUAUGUGUGGAUCCUACACAUUGCUGUGUCCUGACACGUUCAUUUCUUUAAUCACUUUUAAACACUUCAGAAUCUCAGCCUUUUUUUUUUUUGUUUUGUUUUGUUUUGUUUAGCAAACACUCAACAUUUAGGCAGUUACUGUAAAUAUUUCAUCACAAUUAAUAGAUAGAGCCUAUUCAUUGUAAAUACUGUAAACUGUCUAAUGUGUGACAGGCAAGAAUCUCGUCUUUAGAAAGUAUUGACAGUGCAUGUUUUGGGUGUAUGGCUAGACACAGUACAACUCAAUUCACAGUCAGCUAAACAAUAAUGCGACUCAUAAUAAAAUGUUUGUAUGUGUUUGUUGUUCGCUUUAUGGAUCUUUUAUGUAGAUUGUGCUAUAACAAGUUUGUGUUAGCAGGUAGGGCCUUGUUUUUUUUUUCUUGUUUUUUAUUUGUAGAAAAUCUUGUGGUUUUUUUUUAAAUCGAUAGAUUGAACUUAAUGUUUUUAAUGUUAGACAAUGGUUCUCAAUCUGUGUAAAUACUAUAGUGCUAAGUGUGCCAUGAAUGUCUUCAAUCGACACUCUUUGUGUAAACCUUUGAUUUAAAUGUUUCUCUAAAUGUUUGCAUGUAUUUUUAAAACAAUAUCAAGCGAGUGUUACUACGUCUAAAUUUUAAUAGUUGUUCAAAUAUUAAAUGGCAUUUCUGGUUUCCAAACCAAAAACUGGUGGACAACAUUAAGCAUAUUUUGUUUUAAUAGGAGAUUGUGUUAUGUCUUUGAAUGAGGUAAGUCGGUGAAAUGUUCCUGUAAGUUUUGCCCUGAUAAUGAAAUUUUCAAGUUGAAGUUAGGAAUGAAUAAAACAGAUUUAAAUUCACAAGACUAUACAAACAAGAAAAUAUUUUAUAGUACAACAAAAGUAGUUGUAUCAAAUUAGUAUGUAUCAGUCAUGUAAUAACAUUUGUAACAGAGCUAGACUAACAAUAAUAAAUAAAUCUGUGCGAUUAAUUUUUUACCACCACAUCAGUCAAGUACAAUUUCUUUCCCUUGUUCAAGAUACCAAACAAAGUGAUUAAAUACCAAUAGAAAAAUUUUUUGUUUGGCUGUGUCAGGUAAAAGAAAUUGUGCAAAAUUGCAGCUUGAUCCGAGGAUGUGUGUGUGGGAGAAAAUAGCGUGUACAAACGUUUUCACCUGACAGACAGACAGACUGUUGGAAUUUUCAUUCAACACUUGAUGCCCCUAUCACUUGAUGCCCCUAUCACUUGAUGCCCCUAUCACUUGAUGCCCCUAUCACUUGAUGCCCCUAUAACUUGAUGCCCCCAUCACUUGAUGCCCCUAUCACUUGAUGGCCCUAUCACUUGAUGUCCCUAUAACUUGAUGCCCCAUCACUUGAUGCCCCUAUCACUUGAUGGCCCUAUCACUUGAUGCCCCUAUAACUUGAUGCCCACAUCACUUAAUGCCCCUAUCACUUGAUGGCUCCAUCACUUGAUGUCCCCAUCACUUGAAGCACCCAUCACUUGAAGCCCCCAUCACUUGAUGCCCCCAUCACUCCAUGCCCCAUCACUGGAUGCCCCUAUCACUUGAUGCCCCUAUCACUUGAUGCACCUAUCACCUGAUGCCCCCAUUACUUGAUGCCCCUAUAACUUGAUGCCCCUAUAACUUGAUGCCCCUAUAACUUGAUGCCCCUAUAACUUGAUGCCCCUAUCACUUGAUGCCCCUAUCACUUGAUGUCCCCAUCACUUGAUGCCCCUAUAACUUGAUGCCCCUAUCACUUAAUGUCCCUAUCACUUGAUGUCCCUAUCACUUGAUGCUCCUAUCACUUGAUGCCCCUAUCACUUGAUGUCCCUAUCACUUGAUGUCCCUAUCACUUGAUGUCCCUAUAACUUGAUGUCCCUAUCACUUGAUGCCCCUAUCACUUGAUGUCCCUAUCACUUGAUGUCCCUAUCACUUGAUGUCCCUAUCACUUGAUGCCCCUAUCACUUGAUGCCCCUAUCACCUGAUGCCCCCAUCACUUGAUGCCCCCAUCACUUGAUGCCCCUAUAACUUGAUGCCCCUAUAACUUGAUGCCCCUAUAACUUAAUGCCCCUAUCACUUGAUGUCCCCAUCACUUGAUGCCCCUAUCACUUGAUGCCCCUAUCACUUGAUGUCCCUAUCACUUGAUGUCCCUAUCACUUGAUGUCCCUAUCACUUGAUGUCCCUAUCACUUGAUGCCCCUAUCACUUGAUGUCCCUAUCACUUGAUGUCCCUAUCACUUGAUGUCCCUAUCACUUGAUGUCCCUAUAACUUGAUGUCCCUAUCACUUGAUGCCUCUAUCACUUGAUGUCCCUAUCACUUGAUGUCCCUAUUACUUGAUUUCCCUAUCACUUGAUGCCCCUAUAACUUGAUGCCCCUAUAACUUGAUGCCCCCAUCACUUGAUGCCCCCAUCACUUGAUGCCCCUAUAACUUGAUGCCCCUAUCACUUGAUGGCCCCAUCACUUGAUGCCCCUAUAACUUGAUGCCCCUAUAACUUGAUGCCCCUAUCACUUGAUGUCCCUAUCACUUGAUGCCCCCAUCACUUGAUGCCCCCAUCACUUGAUGCCCCAUCACUUGAUGCCCCUAUAACUUGAUGCCCCUAUCACUUGAUGCCCCUAUCACUUGAUGUCCCUAUCACUUGAUGUCUCUAUCACUUAAUGUCCCUAUCACUUGAUGUCCCUAUCACUUGAUGCCUCUAUCACUUGAUGUCCCUAUCACUUGAUGUCCCUAUCACUUGAUGUCCCUAUCACUUGAUAUCCCUAUCACUUGAUGUCCCUAUAACUUGAUGUCCCUAUCACAUGAUGUCCCUAUCACUUGAUGUCCCUAUCACUUGAUGUCCCUAUCACUUGAUGCCCCUAUCACUUGAUGUCCCUAUCACUUGAUGUCCCUAUCACUUGAUGUCCCUAUCACUUGAUGUCCCUAUUACUUGAUGUCCCUAUAACUUGAUGCCCACAUCACUUGAUGCCCCUAUCACUUGAUGGCUCCAUCACUUGAUGUCCCCAUCACUUGAAGCCCCCAUCACUUGAAGCCCCCAUCACUUGAUGCCCCCAUCACUUGAUGCCCCCAUCACUUGAUGCCCCUAUCACUUGAUGUCCCCAUAACUUGAUGCCCUCAUCACUCGAUGCCCCCAUCACUCGUUGCCCCAUCACUUGAUGCCCCUAUCACUUGAUGCCCCUAUCACCUGAUGCCCCCAUCACUUGAUGCCCCUAUAACUUGAUGCCCCUAUAACUUGAUGCCCCCAUCACUUGAUGCCUCUAUAACUUGAUGCCCCUAUCACUUGAUGGCCCCAUCUUUUGAUGCCCCUAUAACUUGAUGCCCCUAUAACUUGAUGCCCCUAUCACUUGAUGUCCCUAUCACUUGAUGCCCCCAUCACUUGAUGCCCCCAUCACUUGAUGCCCCAUCACUUGAUGCCCCAUCACUGGAUGCCCUCAGCACUUGAUGCCCCCAUUACUUGAAACCCCCAUUACUUGAUGCCCCAAUCACAGAGGGAGUUGAUAUAAGUUUUGUAACAAGCCGAGAACUUUUCUUCUUCGUUCUCUUUAGCGACUUGAGGAGAUCUGGGAAGGGGAGGGGGGGGUCAGCGAAAAAAUCAUUAUAGAAGGCCUGAGCAAUGUCUUUCGACUUUGCAGCUUGUGGGCAGUUUAGACCAAUAGCUCGUUUCCCCGUCUUAGAUCCGACGUCAUGAUUGUCAAGGUACAUUGUUCUGAGCUCAAGUCCUAUUUAAGUACUUUUAAGGCUACCAGGUUUUCAAAUGUUAAGUUUUGGACUUUUUGUUUCACGUCUGGCGUUUAUUUAGUAAAGAGGAACAGUACGUCCCUUUUCCAGGAUCAGGGCUGGAACUGGGGUCCAAUGUGACCACUGUCCGGGAGGAGUUUUCCACACGUCCACGCUGUCUUCCUGUCUCCAUCAGAAUAAAUUUUAAAACGUUCUUUCAGUAAAACCUAUUUAAAUCAUCCUACACACAUUUUUUAAACUAUAAAUAUAAGGUAUGGAUAAGCUCAAUUUUUUUAAUCACAUUCUCUCAUUAUUUUUAAAACUUCAACACAUAAAACAAAUUAUUUCCUCUUAUCAAGAAUAGCCCAAUACUUUCCAUAUUAAUUAACAAAUGUCUCCACAAGUUUGAGUUCCACCCAGGGUUCGAGAUUACAAGAUUGGAAUUGGAGAAAUUUAGAGAGUACAGAGAUUAUCGCCCACAGUUUUUUGGGUCUUGCUUUUAGGUAGCGCGUCUUUCGUGCUAUAGGCAGCUAUUGCAAUCUCAAUGCACUUUGGUCCAAUCUGUUUUGUGGACAUGUGGGGAGCAGCUCUCUUGGAGGUUUCCGACAACUCAGCUCAAAUAAACUCUCAAUACUAAAAUAUUGGUCGAUAUAUCGAGCUCCAACUCCCUCUAAAGAUGCAUAAGGUCAUUGUAGAAGUGUAGAGUUAUUGCAGAGUGAGAGUCAGUGUAGAAUGAGAGUCAGGGUAGAAUGAAUCAUAGUAGAAUGAGAGCCAUUGUAGAAUUGCAGCAGUCAUUGUAGAGUGAGAGUCAGUGUAGAAUGAAAUUCAGUGUAGAAUCACAGUCAUUGUAGAGUGAGAGUCAGGUCUGUGUUGGCUUCAAAUCAGUUUAAUAUGCUUCUUUUAAUUUUUUUAUCUGUUUCAAAUGUCCAUGUUAUGUGUAGUCAAAUGUAAUAUGCUAAAUAAUAUGGAUAUAAGAAUUGUACACUUCAUUCGAACCAGAUGAACAGAUGAAUCUUUUUAUACAUGUGUGGCUCUGUAUGUGUAGCUAUUAGCCUUAUCAUUUGGUAUUACCAACGUCAUCAUAAGUACACAUUUGUAAGCAUAUUUUUUUACAGCAUCUGUCUUCAUGAGUUCAUUUACUUUGUGCUUUAAAGAGCUGUGACUGAACACUUUUUAAAAUGUUGACACAAUAUUUUAAGUAAACAUUUCAUUGUGGCUUUGUUUUUUAUCUUUGUUUCCCCUUGUUUCUCUUUGUUUCUCUUUGCUUGCAUUAUUCACCGAAUGAAUUGGUGUGUUCAUCAAAUUAUUUAUUAUGUUUUUUUUUAAAUCCUAUUUAUAAUUUGUUUCUUGGAUUAUGUUUUUGUUUGUUGAUUAGAGUCAACUUUUUAAAAAAUAUGUUUUAGUUUAUUUGUGAAAAUUAAACAUUUUUUCUUUUUUUUA